AUGUAUAAUCAUUUGUUCACUCUCUGCGCCCUGCUACCAGUUGUACUGGCUUCUCCUACCCGACGAGACGCGAAACCCACUGUUACUAUUUCAUCACCAAUAGCUACCAUUGUCGGCCAGAGCAGCCAUGGGCUAGAACGCUUUGACGGCAUCCCAUUCGCAAUGCCUCCGACGGGCACGUUGCGUCUAAAGCCCCCUCAUCCUAUCGAGACGUCCUUGGGGACUAUCCAGGCGACCGGAACCCCGCGGUCCUGCCCUCAGUUUUAUGUCAGCAACGAAUCCAAAGAUCUUCUAGUCUCUCUGGUUGGGGGAACCCUCAACCUGCCUUUCUUUCAGGAGGUUACAAAUGCUGGAGAAGAUUGCCUCACUUUGAAUAUCAUUAGGCCACAAGGAACUACAUCGGAAUCUCGGCUACCCGUCCUCUUUUGGAUCUACGGGGGCGGAUUUGAAUUUGGCUCCACCGCUAUGUACGAUGGGUCGUCCCUAGUUUCCAAUUCAAUCGAUACGAAUAUGCCAAUGAUCUUCGUGGCAGUGAACUACCGUCUGGGUGGCUUCGGUUUUAUGCCAGGCAAAGAAAUCCUCCAAGAUGGAUCUGCGAACCUUGGUCUACUAGAUCAACGGCUCGGCCUCAAAUGGGUUGCUGAUAAUAUUGAGGCCUUUGGCGGUGACCCUGACAAGGUGACCAUCUGGGGCGAAUCUGCUGGGUCUAUCUCAGUGUUUGACCAGAUGGCGCUCUACGACGGGAACAAUACUUAUAACGGCAAGCCCCUCUUCCGCGGGGCUAUAAUGAACUCUGGUAGUGUCGUCCCGGCUGAACGUGUAGACGGCAUCAAGGGCCAGGCUGUUUACGAUUCGGUUGUGGCAGCUGCUGGAUGCACUUCAGCCAAAGACACGCUCGCGUGUCUCCGUGCCUUGGACUACACCACCUUCCUUAAUGCAGCAAAUUCUGUUCCUGCCUUUCUCAGCUAUAGUGGGGUCGCACUCUCAUAUUUACCUCGCCCGGAUGGAACUAUCUUGUCAGACUCGCCUGACAAGCUGGCAAGAGCGGGGAAAUACACAGACGUCCCUUUUAUUAUCGGCGACCAGGAGGAUGAAGGCACCCUUCUUGCGCUCUUCCAGUCUAAUAUUACUACAACCGAGGAAAUUGCCGAAUAUCUAAAGCAAUAUUAUUUUCACAACGCCACAUCUGACCAGAUUGAUGGCCUCAUUGCUAACUAUCCGGACACGGCGCCUGAUGGUUCUCCAUUUCGCACUGGUCACCUUAACAACUGGUACCCCCAGUACAAACGUCUUGCUGCUAUUCUAGGAGACCUUACUUUCACUCUCACUCGCCGGGCUUUGCUGGAGUACUCAACACAAGUCAAGCCAAAUAUCCGUACCUGGUCAUACCUAGCAUCCUAUGAUUAUGGCACCCCUUUCCUGGGUUCAUUUCAUGCUGGUGAUAUAUUGCAGGUGUUCUAUGGGAUCCUGCCUAAUUACGCAGCAAGGGCAAUUCGGUCCUACUAUUUCUCCUUUGUUCAGAACUUGGACCCCAAUGCGGCGGCAUCCUAUUCAACCUGGCCGCAGUGGUCGGAGAACCAAACUUUGAUGCAAUUUUUCGCGGACUCGUCAGCGAUCCUUGCAGAUGACUUUAGAUCUGACUCUUAUGAGUUUCUUCUCGCAAAUGCGGAGGCUUUCUAUGUAUAG